GUCGUUCUUCCUCCUUCAAUUUGCUUAAAACUUCUCUCUCAUUCACCGGUGAUUUAGCUCUGGUCGAUCGAUCGGUACCUCGGCACACCAGCUAGCUAGCCCUCCGUACAGUCCAGGUAAUCGAUUACAACUCGGCCGGCCGGAUAGCUAAGUCACUCACUCAUCCUCGCUAUAGCUCGUUAGCUCUCUCUGCCGGCUGCAAUGGAAAACAACUCCGCCGCCUCGUCAAGUUCCUCCUCGGCUCUCAAUGUCAAUGGGGGAGCGGUGGUUGGUGGAGAUUUGAAACGGGCGGCAGCAGUAGACCAGGCCGAGAAUGGGAAGGCGGCAGCCGGUGCAAAAAGAGCCAAAACUUGCUCUUCCCGCGAAGAAGACGUGAAGCGGGCUCUGAAAGGACACGGCGGUACUACACAAGCGCCAGGCGGCCAAAUCAUUCCCAUCGUCAGCCUUCCCACCCAGUAUCCAGCCUACAUGGACCAUGCGCGAUUGGACAAUCUGGAGUUGAUGAUCUAUGGCGAGACGUUGCCCUCCGAGGACGCCGGCUGCGUCUACAGAAACGAGCUUCGCCAGCGUUCCUACCAGCAGUUCCUGGAGUUGGUGUUGGACCGGCUGGGGGAGCUGGGGAUCGAGCGCCUGGGUUUCGAUCGGCAGCAUCCAUGUCCCAUCACCUUCUACCGCCGCAUACAAGGCAACGGCUUCAUACAGUUGAAGGUGCGCGACCAUGUGUUCACGCAUUGGCUGGCCAUGGGACGCUUCUGGGAGCUGGCCAGGGAGGAGAUGGACCUCAUCGGCUACCAUCUAAUUGCAGAUGAAGAGUAACUAGCUAG